CGCAUGCCGACGGCAUUAGCUUAGAAGCGCUAUAUAAAUAAAGAGCUUAAACUGAUCCAGGAUCAACGCGAGCGAGUCGGAUUUAUUCCAGUGUUUUUUUUUCUUACGUUAUUUAUAUUAUUAGUCAGUAUAAAACCAUGGCAGACACCAAGGUAGAUUCCGCGACGGAAAUCUCCGCCAAGGACUUGAAGGAGAAGAAGCUCCUUGAGGAGAAGGAAAAUGGAAAGGAGACUACUAAUGGAAAGGAAAAUGAGGAGAAUGGAGAGCCUGAGAUUGAUGAUGAAGAGGAGGAUGAAGUAGAUGAAGAAGAUGAGGAGGAAGACGGUGAGGGAGAUGAAGAUGAGGAGGAAGAUGAGGAGGAUGAACUGGGUGGAGGUACGAAACGAGGGGCUGAUGAAGACGAUGAGGACGAUGAGGAGGAGGUCGACCCGAAGAAACAGAAGACGGACGAUGACGAUUAAAAGGAUUGUUGGCUGCUACUGAUCUGGUGUAGAUUUCAUCUUCAGCACGUUUGUUGGAGCCAGUGGCAUAAAGGACUCAAAAAAAAUUAAAGUAAAAAAAAUCAAACAUGGUCACCCCACCCCAAAGUUCCACCCACUAACCCCCAGUGCAAAAUUUUCUAGAGGGAACAGUCCACCAUUGAGAUCCCCAACACGACGACAAAGUUCACAAGACGAGGAUUUGUUUGUAUUUUUAUUUACAUUUUAUAUUUUUGUACAUAUUGUUAAGGGAUCAGUCACUUGAUCAUGAUCUCCUCUGACCAAAACGGUGCUUCUUUAUGAAAUUUUACUUGUUUGACCAUGUCUCGCAAACUUUGGAAACAGAAACGUUUAUAAAAUCAGCCAUUUAACUCUGAGCAUUCCAGUCAGAUUUUAUGUAUGAACUUUAGUUGUACCAUAAACUAGUUUGUUUGUAUGGGAGGGCUAGGCCAAAGAAAAGGAGUUACUUCUUAUUGUUUUUUUGUUUGCAUUUGUUUUACCUUGGCCUGUCUGUGUGUGUGAAAUUUGUUCAACAAUAAACCUGACUUUUAUUUUGUGA